ACGUCACUGCAGCUCCUUCAACGCCGCGAGAUCUCCAAAAUAAAAUAAAAAUCGUUAAAUUUAACACCGCUAGGUUAAUUUUUUUUUUGUCUGGUGUAGAAGUGGGGGACCAAAGUUGAGGGUAUUGUCUCUCUGAUCUACACAACUUCCUUGGUCGGUUUCCUGAUUCCUCUUCUCUAUUGUUCUUUUAGUUGUCCGAACCAUGAGUUCUUCCUCCUCGAUCCAGAUCCUUGAUGAGAAGCAAGUUGAAAUUUCGUGUCUUCAAGAUCAGGAUGGAAAGAAGGGUGAGCUAGUGAGCAAUGAGCUGAGUUUUGGGAACCAUGGUGGGUGUUGUGCUAUAUGCUUGGAUACUAUACCUCUUCAAGAAACUGCUAUGGUUAAAGGCUGUGAACAUGCUUACUGUGUGACGUGCAUCCUACGCUGGGCAAGUUACAAAGAGAUACAUACCUGCCCACAGUGUAAGCAUCCGUUUGAUUUUCUCAAUGUCCACCGCACUCUUGACGGCAGUGUGGAAGAUUUUAUGUUCGAGGAGAGUGUAUGCCUCCUCCUGAGAGCAUCGUGGUUUAAGCCACUGGAAGCAGUGGAACGGGUCUCAUACCAUGACAUUGACAAUGAUGAAUUCGACAUUCCACCCGAGUAUGAGGAGGAGGAAGAAGAAGAAGAAGAUGAUGACCUUGACGAGUUUUUGCACGGCUCAAGUCUUCGUUUAGGGAACAGGAGGUGGGGUGACAAUGGUUUCGUCAGAUCAGGCCGCCAAGAAGCAAGACCAGCUGCUCAGCAUAAGCACCGAGGUGGGGGCCAAGCUUCUGCCUCUGAAUCCAGCUCUUCUUCUUCCUCACGUGAGCCAAAGGAGAAGACUAGUAACAGUGCCGCCGCAACAGGAAGGCGUGCGAAGAGGGCAAUGAAGCGUGAAGCUGCAAACAAAGCUGCUGAAGCAGUAGCAGCUGCAAAGCAUGAGGCUCUUUUGGUUAGGUUGGGAAGGAAGUGAGUUGAGUGUUGUUGUAUCUGUAAUUAACUCAACCAACCCCAUAAUCAACUGACUUCAAUUCCAUUUCUUGAGAAUCUGUAUAGCAAAGUAGAAUCUAAUAAUGGUUGAAGGACAAAACUUUUUUAGAUUAUUAAAUUUUACAAUCUUUCUUAAUCAUUGGUGUGGUGAGUGAGACAUACUAUAGGUUAUGUUGUGGAUAUUGAAUCAUAUGAAAUGAGGAUUA